GUACGCCUGCGGUGGUUGUUGGUCGAUGUUGUUGAUUCAGGUUUCCCUGGCUAUUAUUACGAUCCGAAGCAGGAUAAUUAUUACAAAACACCGAAUUACUGGGAUGCACGCCUUCUUGAAAAUGUUCCUAAUGAGAUGAAUAACGUGCAUCUCCGGGAGUGUGCCUUGAACAAAUUAAAGGCAAAGCUUAAUAAGCAACGUUCGCAGAAUAUUGUUCAGGAGCUGCGAAACAUCGCGAUUUCGAAACACCCAAUCAAGUCCGACCUUUUUAAGAAACUGCACAUGAAAGUGUUGCAGCAUAAGCAGCAUUUAAGCUUCAGCUAUCCUAUUAUUCGCCCAGCUGUUGUCGAAAGUGAUUCUGCUCGUAUACUUCACAUAAUUUCUAGCAGAAUGCUACUUUGUGAAUUGCGUCGAUAUGAAGUACAAUGGACUCGAGGUGAGAGUCGCUCAAAUCAUUCAGGAUUUAAAAUCAUCGACACAAUUCAUCGAAGUCAAGACCGCUAUUUCCAUAGCUGCAUGGAUGCCAUGUUGGACCCUUCAACAAACAAUAUCAUCUGCUUGUCCCCUAGAAGAUUGGUCUCUGUCAGAUAUGAUGGUAAUAUAGGGGACUACCAAUUGCUACAGACAGUUGAUCUUCCAAGGAAAUAUUCGGACUCUGUUUUUCCUAGAAGAGCUCUUAGAUCCUACGCCUCAUCGGUAGAAUCGCUUUUAGAACGUGGAGAAGAUUCGGUUAUAAUGUUUUAUAACCGACGGACCAUAUCUUCUCUUGGACCGCGGCUUGUCCCUUUGUUAACGCUGUCAGAAUUGCGAAAGAUGCCCCACGUAUCUCUCUCCAAAUACUUACCGCACGCCUCCUUCACUGCCAUGGGUAAUGCUUGCUGCGCAGGAACUACGAGGAGAUUAGACGCAUAUGUCUCUGUUGGCAAAGCUUUUAGCCUUCUUAGUUUCACAUCAGCAAGAAGAGAGCGAGAGCUUAUUAGUUUUGGCGAUGUGAGCGCCUCCCGCAUUACCCAUCUGCAGUGCCUCCUCUCAGCAGAUAACAAACGCUCUGGUAUAAUCGUAGGACGAGUCGAUGGCUCAGUGGAGCUAUGGGAUGAUCGACAGCCGAGACGCGCGGCCGUGACUUAUAAAGAGUCAAAGGAGGUUGUGAAGAGUGGCAUACCUCCAAACCCAGUGGUGGACUGCCCUUCGCAUUCGUUUGUAGCGACGGCGAUGGAGAAGUACGGUGCCAUUGGCGUUUGGCAGUUGCAAACUGGGGAGCUGAUGGAUGUUCUCGAAUGUCCUGGAUGGGCUGAAAACUCGCUGUUACUUUGUAAACCUCCUCAGCUGGUAAUACAUUCGCACUGGGGACUUGGAAAUGGCAAGUCGUCGCCCUUUGGACCUGUGCUGAUAGCCAUUUAUGAUAGAUUUGCAGAUUUCUUUUAUUGA